UAGAGUAAACACGCGGUUUUGCGUUUUUCAUUUUGAAAUUUUCCCUCAAUCAUUUCGGCCGGCAGAUAAACGGGGGAAACUUCGUUUUUGGCGGCCGGUCCAUCGGUGCCUCUCUGAAACAGUGUUGAUUUAUUUUUACCCUUGCUUGAAGCGCACCAACAGCAUUAGCGCACCAUUGCAUUAUUAGCGGCGCGCAAGUUUUGAGGCACGUUGGAAAAUUGAAGGCAACAUUUUCGCGCACAAAACCUGCUUUCAGUUCGGCUGAAUUACGUGCCGUUAUUGAUGGUUGCAAGUCUGGAGUGAAGAAGAUUAUCUACGUAAUUAAUUAAUUAUCUUCGCGUAUACGUACGCUUUUUCGGUUCACAUUUUCAAGCCUAAGUGUGGUGUUAUUCUGUGUGAGAAGCUGUGAAGUGUUGAACAAGAUUUUCUCUCGACCGGUGCCGGUGCAUCUUGAAGAAUCUGGGUUAAUUUGUUGACUCAGUGUGAUCGCAGCUGUCGAAACAAACGUGUCAGAAAUUUGUUGGCAAUGCAGCCUGAAGAGUACGAGAACACCGGUUGGCUGUCAUAUUUCAGCCGGCAUAAAACGACCUACACAGCUGCUGACAUUCACAAAAUCAGCAACGAAUUGAACAACGUUCGGAAAAAUCUAACCGCCACCCAAUACGCGUACGGUGAACUUAGUAGUGAGCUGAAGGCCUUGAAAAGUCUCCAGGAACAGCGUCUUAGUGAGGAAUAUGAGCGGACCAGCAGUAAAUCUAGUUCGUCCAAAUCCGCGGAGAAGCGGCUGUCUCAACAAGCGGAGGAGAUUAAAUUUCUCAAAAACGAGUUAACAGCCUGUAAAAAUGAUCUAUUAAAACAGAUUAACGCGCUGAAAGUGAACGUGAGUGAGACGGCGAAGAAGAAAAUAAAAUCUGGUCAUCUACCGUCGGGUGCUUCUCUCAAUAUUGAAAGUAGAAUUAUAGCGCUGGACGCACAGCUGGAUCAGUUGGCUGGUGUAAAUAGGGACAGGAUUAAUGGACUCGAGAGUCGACUGAACCAGCUGGAGCAACAGCAUGAGCGGGAUUGUGGUGCCGCUCUGAAGAAACUGGAGCUUUCCACCAAUAGGAAGUUUCAGGAGUUUAGUAAUCUUCUGGUGGAACUUCAGCGCAAAAUUGAAACCAGUGAAACUAAGUUGGACGAGCAAAUCCGAAAUCAAUCAAUGAGUCAAGAUGCAAUCUACGAGGAACUGGACCAGCGGAUGGAUGUGUUCUCUGCGAAACUACGAGAUAUGCAUGCUAGAAUUACACGGCUCGGACAGAGGGACGAUAUUGGUUCGACUUUUGUGUAGUAUUUUAGCUGCAUAGUUGAUCAGAGCAAUUUUAUUAAGAUACAUUUACCUGUGCUAGUAUUAGCUUUGACACUGUCCAGCAUUGUUGGGACGAGCGAGAUAGAAAGCUUUACCACCUCCGUGCAUCACGAUUUGCACCAUCAUGACUUACACCAUCAUGACCUCCA